AUGUUGAUCUUUCCCAAUGCUUUCCUGACAAACCACACCAGUUUCUCCAGAACGAAAAGUUUCAUCUUCACAGCUUGGGAGUCAGGAAGGCUUGAAGGUUACCCUGGGGAACGUUGACCAAGUUCUCAUUUGCUCAUCCGCGGGUCCUGGUCUGAUGCAUUGAUUUUAAUCUGUCGGCGAAGGAAAUUGAUAUCCAGAGGUAAUUAGCGACCGACACUGGCGACAUAUCAUAAAGAAUCUGGAACGGGCCGCAUUAUCUGCGGGCCAUCACCAUGCUCCCAACGUCCUUCAUGGGAACUGAGGCCAUCCGUGUCAACCUCGGGGGGAAAAGCUGUUUAUACUAAACAAGAUGCAGCAGUGAGCUAAGAAACGCGACCGGCCUGUUUUUUGACCAGACCCGUGGUGUGACGACUCCAUCUCCCUCAGUCCGGUCCAUCUCCUGUUGGGACAGCAGGAUAGCUAUUCCCCUUACCCGACCACCCGGGACCCGAUUCCAGAUUCACCUCCGCACAGGGAUGGAGAGAGAUCUGGACUUGCAGGAGCCACUUGUGGUCCGGUCCCAGCCAGGGAGGGCCACGGAACCGGGGCAGUGGAGUACCGGACUGUGUGACUGCUGCAGCGACAUGAGCGAUUGCUGUUUUGCUCUCUGGUGCCUCCCAGUGUUUGUGUGUAAGACCACACAUGCAGUGGGGUCGUGUCCCUGUCUUCCCCUGCUGGACUGCGUGGGCUGCGUCCCGUCUGCAUCGCUGGCCAUGCGGGCCACGAUACGCCGGCGAUACGGCAUUAAGGGCAAUGUCUGGAGCGACUGUUUCUAUGGCUGCUGUUGCUAUGCCCUGUCCUGGUGUCAGAUAUCUCGCGAGAUGAAGAGGCGUGCAGUCCUCCCGUAAGCUUCAGGAGACGGCUUCAACUGCGUUCUGCCCAGUCCCCUCCACCGCCCAUCCCUCACACACACCCCGGCACCCACCAGCCCUGACCUGCCCAAGACCCCCCGCCACCCCCC